UAGUGGAAGCCGUUCACGUCACUCUAGUGCUGGAGUCCUGCUCGUUAACCCGCCUGUGGGGCUGAGCCACACUCAGAGAGAGAGAGAGAGAGGCAGGCUGACAGACCGAGGAAGCACAGCAGCUUCAGCAUGAAGCCAGGAACUCAACCCCUCGGUUCGGCACCUCUCCCCGCGCAGCAAGGCAAGAAAAUGCUGAGCUCGGAGUAACAUGACUGACAACUUUUCGGCAUCACCACCCUUGGAAACUCGAUAAGAGCAGCCGGGAGGGAACUGCCCGAGUGAGCCGUGUUUGAGGAGUGAGGGCGACAGUCCUUACAGUGAACCCAUGCGUUGGGGCCGGGAAGUCCAUGCGGCUCCAGGGUUUGCUCGAAGAUGAAGUUUGGAAGCGGCCCCUUGAUCCUGAAUGUUGGGGGAACCCGAUAUUCCUUCCCAAAGGAUAUGAUCAAGGACUUCCCCCUCAGAAGGGUUAGCAGACUUCACAACUGUGUCUCGGAGAAAGAGGUUCUGGAAGUGUGCGAUGACUAUGACCAGGAGAGAAAUGAGUAUUUUUUUGACAGGCACUCCGAGGCGUUCGGCUUCAUUAUGCUUUACAUUAAGUAUGGCAAGCUCCGGUUUGUCCCUCACAUGUGCGAGCUGUCCUUUUACAAUGAGCUAAUUUACUGGGGUCUGGACCGCUCGAACCUCGAAUACUGCUGCCAGAGGCGGCUGGAUGACAGGAUGUCUGACACCUAUACCUUCUACUCCGAGGAGGAGGAAGAGCUGAAAAGGCAGAGGAAAAAGGAGUUAAAAAAGAGCUCCUCAUCUAAUAGGAAGUGGCUGGAUAGGAUGAGGAGGACUUUUGAGGAGCCCACCUCGUCUGUAGCGGCCCAGAUUCUGGCAACCGUGUCGGUGGUAUUUGUUAUCGUUUCCAUGGUGGUAUUGUGCGCCAGCACACUACCAGACUGGAAAACAGCCGAGAACAACAGUGUGGAGGAGCACAGGUACACAGAAAAUUUAAUGGGACCAUCAGGGAUAAUCGAAGCGAUCUGCAUGGGUUGGUUCACCGCCGAAUGCAUUGUGAGGUUUCUCGUCUCGAAAAACAAGUGCGACUUUGUGAGAAAGCCUCUGAACAUUAUUGACCUACUGGCCAUCACGCCGUACUACAUCUCGGUGUUGAUGUCCUUCUUCACCGGCGAGAACUCGCAGUUACAACGGGCUGGGGUGACCCUCAGGGUCCUGAGGAUGAUGAGGAUUUUCUGGGUGAUCAAACUUGCUCGUCACUUCAUUGGCUUGCAGACGCUAGGCUUGACUCUGAAACGUUGCUACCGGGAGAUGGUUAUGCUCUUGGUGUUUAUCUGCGUCGCCAUGGCGAUAUUUGGCGCCCUCGCUCAGUUGUUGGAAAGCGGACUCGACUUGGAGGAUAAGAAUCCAGCCUACGCCAGUAUCCCGGCCUCCUGCUGGUGGGUGAUCAUCUCCAUGACCACUGUGGGAUAUGGGGACAUGUAUCCCUUCACCAUUCCCGGCAGGAUUCUGGGAGGAAUGUGUGUGGUCAGCGGCAUUGUCCUGCUAGCGCUGCCCAUCACCUUCAUCUACCACAGCUUCGUGCACUGUUACCAUGAGCUCAAAUUCAGAUCAGCUCGCUGUGGUCGGAGCUUAUCACUAGAAUAUCUGAACUGAGAGUGAGGUGAACUAAAUGCGGAGAGGCUCGUAUGGAGCAUUAAGGGGCAAUAUACAGCAGCCAGGCCUAAUGUGUUGUGACCAUUGCAACUAUGUGGCGGUAACUAGGAAUCCAGAGGCUGAGCAUUAAGACACCAUUCAGUUUGAGACAUUUAUGGCAGGACGCCCGUGCAAUUAGUAUGGUGGAACAAAUUAAUGCAGAUGCUGGAAUCUGUACUGAAAACAGCAAAUGCUGAAGAUCUCAGUGGGCCAAGGCAGCAUUCAUGAAGAGAGUUAAAAAUCACACAACACCAGGUUAUGGUCCAACAGGUUUAUUUGGAAUCAUUAGCUUUCAGACCACUACUCCUUCAUCAAGCUAGUGUGCUUCCAAAUAAACCUGUUGCACUAGAACCUGGUGUUGUGUGAUUUUUAACUUUCUUCUCCCCGGCACAUCCAAAUGCAUGAAGAGAGAGCAAGCUAACGUUUCGAGUCUAGAUGACCCUCUCAUCUGGAUACUGCCUGACCCGCUGUGAUCUCCAGCAUUUGUUGUUUUCAAUUAAUAUGCUGAAUUACAAACACUCUUGAAUCAAAUUUCACGCGCGAUCGAAUGUCAACUCAGCAAAGACGUGAAGCUGUUAAAAAUAUAAAUAGAACAUUCUCAGACUUGAGGAAUGGGUAAACAUUUUGAUUAUUUACAAGAUAGCCCAGGUGGCUCGAAGGUCACGAAAUAACAUCUCAGCUGAACUUGCUGAGGUGAAAGAGAAUUACUGGAAUGAAGGGAGGCUUUUGUUCAUUUGCUGAACAUCACUAGGCAUAGAAUAACGGUUCAUCCGAACGGUGGACCAAUUGACUCUUGGUUCAAUCAGAAAGUUUGCCAUUUUAUUUGAGAACUCGGCCAUUUCAACUAGUGAAGUCCAAACAUGUGCACUCAGCCUCUGGUUAAGCUGUAGAACGUACAGACACAGUCCAAGUGGAACUCAAUGGAAAAGUAAUGGAAGACAACUGCUCAUUUCGAGGGCACCUUUACCAUCCUGUGUAUAGCAACUCUGCCGUUAAACUUGGCGGCGGAGGACACAGUAGAUUAGUGUUAGGGUAAGCUUCAGCAAAUAAAAAAAACGCUUCAUUUUAGGGCAUAACGCGAGCAGAGUUAGCUGAUUAUCUCAAAGGUGAGGGGGAAGGGAUCGUGCUUAUUAUGUAGCGAGAAUCAUCUCUUCAUAGCUCCUAUCAAGUAUUUUAACAAAUGGCUCCACUAUAGAAGCCAAAUUCAAGUCUUUUCAGAAGAAGCUUCUAGUUUUGAGCUAGAAAGAAUUGAUUCGCAUGCAUCAACCUGUUACAUAGAGGUUUGGGACAAGAAACGAAACGAUUGUCUUUGGCACGUGUGUACUCAGCGUGGGACCAGCAUGUUGGUAAUGUAUUAUUUCCCGAAGUUUCUGCUCCUCCUACGUUAGGUACAGUAUGAGUUCCAGGCCAUGCUGAGCUUUCAAAUACUGCUAACAUGCUGCUAAAUACCAGCGGCAGAAGAAUACAAUUCAAUAUUUUUUUUUACAAACGUAGCACCCAUGUUAAAGGCAUCCCCAAUUGUCCUUAAACUAAGAGGCUUGAUAGUUUUUUUUCUCUCUGAUGGCAGUUUGGCUAGGUACAAUACUAUGGGUCUGGAAUCACAUGCAGGCAGACCGAAUAAGGAGAGUAGAUUUCCAUGCCUAAAGGACAUUAGUGAACUUUUAGGUUUUUAACAAUUAAGGAUGGUUUCAUGACACCUUUACUGAAAUUAUCUUUACGCUGUAUUAAUUGAAUUCAAAUUCCACCACUGCUACGGUGGAGUUUGAACCCAUCUCUAUAGAACCUUGGCCUGGACUCCUGGCCCAGUGGCAUUACCACUACCAUUGGCAACAUUUAUGCUGUAGUUUGAGGUUGGUUCUUGGGACCACACGCAUUGGCAAUGGUAAACAGCCUACAGCCAACCUUCCCCAUGCAUCUUUAGCAAGAGAGAACAUGCUUUAUUUUUGUUCUGAAGUCGGCUUCCAAACCAGGUCCUGACCUUUCAGAAACACUAGGAAUAUCUCAACAUCCGGUUAAGUAGGAACUGUCACAUCAGACUGAGGUCAACCUCUUUUAACAGGAGAUUGCAACAGAACCCACCUCCAAUAGGUAGACCAUGAAACGGCGUCAUUCAAAGCGGAACUCCAGAAAAUCUCUGACUAUCUUUUUGUUUUGAGAUUAGGUUAUAGUCAAACAGGCUUAUUUGAAAUUACACAAGCUUUCAGAGCGCUGCCCCUUCUUCGUCAGGUGCAGUGCGAGAGCAGCGCACACAGACCCAGAGUUGAUAGGCAGGGAGAUCAAACGAUCAUACAACUGGUGUGAAUAUGGAGUCAGUUCACACGUCUCUGCAGGUGACCAAGCGUGUAAGAUUUACACACCGGCUGUGUGCGCUGCUCUCUCCCUGUACCUGACCGCUUAUGUGAUUUUAAAUAAACCUGUUGGAGUAUAACUUGGUGUAGUGUGACUUCCAAUUUUAGCCACUCCAGUCCAACACCGGAACCUCCACAUCAGGUUUUGAGAUUGGUCGAGGAAGAAAAGUGAGCAUGUUGAGUCCCUCAAGGCAGAUCUUUGGAUAAAAUGCUUCACACAAUGUUUGAAAAACAUGAAAACCAUUCAAGUGGUAAAAUCUAGUGAUGGAUGAAAACACAAGAGUCUGCCUGGUAUUGUGGGGAAAAAGUCACUUCAUUCACACAAAACGCAGAUGGUGAAUGCCGCGAUCUGUUGAGGAUGAUCAUCUUUUUACCCAAUUCCCACAAAGCCCUGUCCAGAUUUCCUCAUUUGAGGUAGAUGCAGAGAUCGGAAAUUAAUCCUUCGAGCGAUGCAGCGUUAAAGGAUGGUUAAGUGGGCGUCUGCACCCACAAGUCCUGCAAAACAAAAAAAGAGUAUUUUUGACGAUUGUCGGCGGCUCUUAGAAAGAUUCGAGCAGUUGCAAAAAACAAAAUACAAAUCAAGCAGUACCACCUCGAAAUGCUUCCCUGGGGCGUGUCAGCACCUUCGCAGCCAGUUACUACCCAGUGUUCAGACAAGCGUUUUCCCUCAUUAAGAUCGAAGUGCGUAAGAAGCGGUGAAGAUUUCAAUGGAGUAGAGGUUCCCGGAGGCGAGUAGUUCCAGAUUGGCCUGAGCAGCGGAGGAUUCUCCUCGGAUUGUUCAGAGGUCAGCUCAACUCACGUUGGAAGGGAAGGCGGGAGGGCGAAGAAAGCUCCGGUAGAUUUCGGUCCCAUUAACACUACGGCGAGGUACUGUCGUAAAUUCAAGUCCCUUUCAGACUCUCGUGAAAAAAAAAUCUUUGCUUACUUUGGUCCCUGAUAUUCUGUU